AUGUCUCCUAUCAGCUCUCGUCGCGCCGUCGCCGUCGCGCCACCCGCAAAACAAAAGACCCUGCCGCUUUCGAGGAUUGGAUCGGCUGAACAUUUUUGGGGCGGGAAGAGCGAACUCUUGGAAGUAGAAAAUGCUUGGCCCACAAGCAUCUACAGCGCUGGGGACAUGACAUCAUGCGAGUCUGGAAAUGACCAACCAUGGAACCAACUACCGCCAAUCUCUCAACCCCCACCACCUUCGUACAACGAAUCUGCCGCAGACCUACCUCCAGAAUACACCUCCGCCAACGCGCUCGCCGUUGCGCAAAUACCUGAAUACUCUCCCUUUUCCUCCCUCGACGCUUUACUAUGCCUCACCGCUUCCACACGUCCACGCACAAGCAAGAAGCGCCUACCUGGCUCUUCCGCCUUCCGCCUAGACGCGAAAUCACCACACAUAGACAUUGAUUUUGGACACUGCGAUACUGGCAUUAGGUCACACGCAAAGAAGAAGAACAACAAGACUACAGCGAAGAAACCCGCGGCCGCUCCCGUUGACGACGGGAAAAAGGACGAGGAACCUGCCGGCGGCGACAACGGCGGUGAUCCACCCGCGGACGGUGGGUCUGCUGGUGGAGACGGUGGAGAUGGAGGCGAUGGAGACAAGGGCAAGAAGAAAUCGAAAAAGCAGAGAGAGGAAGAGGAGAAACUGAAGAAGGAAGAAGAGGAGCGCCUCAAGCAGGAGGAGGAGGAACGCCUGCAGAAAGAGGAAGAGGAGCGCCUGGUAAGGGAAGCCGAAGAGGAAGCCGAGCGCAAGAAGAAGGAGGAAGAGGAUGCAGCCGCAGCCGCAGCCGCAGCUGCUGCUGCUGCCACCGCAACGACCAUCUCGGUGACAAAGGCGGCAGCUGACCUAAGCUGGACGAAUCCAAGCCAGAACACGGAUGACUGGGCCUCGUUCGGUGCUGCCGCCGGCAAGAAGAAGAAGAUCAAAAAGGGGAAGACUGCCGAGGCCGCACCCCCGCCUCCUCCUGAACCACCAGCAGGGCCACCGACAACAUUCGACGACAUCAGCCUUGACGAAGGAAGCGCACCGAAAAUUGACAUGAAUAAUAGCGAUACUAGCGCAACAAAAUCUGGAUUCGGACUUCCUGGACUAAGCAGUUGGGCUUCUGGUUGGGGCUCAUCAAACAAAUCAUCUGGCUGGGGCGGACUUAUUGACAGCGGAAAGAACUCUACCGCAGACUCUGACAGCCCUUGGGGAUCCUUGGACAAGAAGAAGAAAAAGGACUCAAACGGAUUCGACUUCGACUUUGGUGGUCUCAAAGCUUCCGCUCCCGCCGAAGAGAAACCCGCCGAGGACGAUGGCUGGGGCAUUGAUUCCGGCGCGAAGUCUAAGAAAAAGACCAAGAAAGGGAUCUUGAUCGAGGAGACCGUGCCCGAGGAGCCAGCUCCAGAACCUGUCAAGGAGGAUGAUCCAUGGGGUGGUGGAUGGGAUGGAGCUGCUGCUGGAGUGAAGAAGAAGAAAGGUAAGAAAGGAGCAAAGGAUGAGCUGCCGCCGCCCCCUCCCCCAGAGCCUGAACCAGAACCAGAGCCUGCUCCAGCUGAACCUGAGCCGGAGCCUCCGAAGCCCGAAGCGCCUGCUGUUGAUCCAUAUGCCGGCCUCAGCAAGUCUCAGGCGAAAAAGCUCAAAAUUAAGCUUGAGAAAGAGGCUAAAGAGGCCAAGCUGAAGGAGGAGGAGGCGGCGGCUCAGCGGCUCAAAGAAGAGGAAGAGGCCGCUGAGCUCCAGCGUCAAGAAGAAGAGGAAGCAGAGCAGAGACGGAUAGAAGAGGAAGAGGCCGAGCUGAAGAGGAUGGAGGAAGAAGCUGCAGCCGCAGCCGAGGCCGAGAAGAAGAAAAAGGAUGAAGAAUCCUGGGGUGAUUGGGGUGGUGUAGCACCGACCACAAAGAAGAAGAAGAAGGUCAGGAAAGGAGUAGAGGAAGAGCUCCCGCCGCCUCCACCGCCACCUCCACCGCCGCCUCCUGAGCCUGAAUUCUUGGAACCUCCACCUGCAGACGCGAAGCCUACCGAUGGUUGGGAUGAUUGGGGUUCAGCAGCAGCACCUGUAGUCAAAAAGACCAAGAAAGGUAAGAAGGGUGCUGCUGUCAUCAUCGAAGAGCCUCCUCCAGCCGAACCUGAGCCUAUCCCAGAACCCGAGCCAGCUCCGCCGCUAGAAGAAGAGAAGGGUUCUGAUUGGGGCCUGAGCUCGAUAUGGGGUGGAUCAAAGAAAAAGAAGAAGAGCAGCAAAUCAGUUGAACUAGAGACACUUCCAGAACCUGAGCCAGUUGAAGAAGCACCGCCCAUCCAGGAACCUGAAGACGUCGAGGAACCUGAGGACAAUGAGGAUGACUGGGGUGCGCCAUCUUGGAGCAAGAGAAAGAAGAAAGACCCCAAGAAGGAUGUUCCGGUCGAGGUACUUGAGGACACUACGACACCUGUUCAAAAGCCUGACGAAGAGGAUCCCUGGGGAAGCGCUGCCUUCAACAUUGGCAAGAAGACCAAGAAGGGCAAAAAGGGUCUUAUACCGCCAAAUGUGCCAACACCCCCAGGAGAGUUCGAGCCCGAGCUUCCGCCGCUUAAAGAGAUCGAAGCGCCUCCACCCGCGGAGGAAGAGGAUGUCUGGGGGGGUCUUACUACUACCGGCUCCAAGAAGAAGAAGAAAAAGGGCGAGGUUGUGGAGGUUGCCCCGACUGAUACUUUUGAGGAUCUAAUCUCGCUCGACGAUCCACCGCCUGCCGAGGAACCUGUAGUGGUAGAGGCACCGGUUGAGGAGAAGAAGAAGAGCAAGAAGGACAAGGAAAGCAAGUCCAGCAGCAUGUGGAGCUCUCUGGGUGCUUCAACUAAGCCGCCUAAGAAGGAAACUACUCUCGAAAGACGAGCUCGCGAAAAACGCGAAAAGAAAGAACGCGAAGAGCAGGAACGAUUAGAGAGGGAGGCGGCUGAGAAAGAAGAGGAAGAGCGUCUUGCACGAGAAGCCGAAGAAGCGGACGAAGAAGCAGCUCGGAUCGCGGCAGAAGAGGACGAAGCAGAGGCUGCACCAGAGGAGGCCGAAGCAGCACGUGUAGCGGCAGAGGAGGAAGAGAGAAGGAGAAAGAAGAAGCAAGAGGAGGAAUCUGCAGGAUCGAAGCUUGUUGGGUGGGGCGCUAGUAUCUGGGGAUCCUCGAAGAAGAAGGAGAGCACAAAAGAGCGAAGGGCCCGGGAAAAGAAAGAGGAGCAAGAGCGCCUAGAGAAAGAAGCUGCCGAGCAAGCGGAGAGGGAACGCCUUGAACGCGAGGAGCAAGAACGUCUUGAGGCUGAAGAAGCCGCGCGUAUUGCUGCUGCCGAGGAGGAGGCGCGAUUGGAACGCGAAGCUGCUGAGGCGGCCGAGAGAGCUCAAAGGGAAGCUGAAGAAGCUGCAGCCAGGGCCAGAGAGGAAGCAGAGGCAAAUUCUGGCUGGGGUCUGUUCGGGCUAUCCAAGAAGAAGGAGACUACCAGACAGAGGCGCGAGCGCGAGGCUAGAGAAAAGGCAGCACUUGAAGAACAAGAAAGACUAGAAGCCGAGGCAGAAGCUGCACGCCUUGCAGCUGAAGAAGCUGAGGCAGAAGCGGCUAGAAUUGCGGCAGAGGAGGCUGAAGCUGAGGCAGCUCGUCUUGCUGCUGAGCAGGAAGUUGUUCCUGAACCCGAGCCCGUGGUUAUUUCUUCUAAGGAAAAGAAGAAGAAGAAGCGAGGUGUUGUCGAGGAAGCUCCUCCUCCACCACCACCACCACCACCACCACCUCCGCCGCCCCCUGAAGAACCCGCAGAACCUGCAAACGACGAUGAGUUGUUUGACCUCGUCAAAGAUGCUGACCCGAACGAACUUUUGGCUGAGCUUGAGAAGCCCACCAGAAGGGAACAAAAGGCAGCUGCAGGUGGAUGGGGCAGCGCUUGGGGUAUCUCCCUUCGCAGAAGCGUGAUCGAUCCUAUCACGGAUAUGCCUGUAAAACCUGAGCCGGAACCCGAACCAGAGCAAGAGCCAGAACCUGAGCCAGAACCCGAGCCAAUUGUGGAAGAACCAGAACCAGAACCAGAACCAGAACCCGAGCCUGUGAUCGUUGAAGAGGCGCCUCCAAAGAAGCUGUCCAAGGAAGAACGAAAACUGCUGAAAAAAUCCAAGAAAAGUCGACAUGCUGUGCCAGAGCCAGAGCCGGUGCCAGAGCCUAUACCUGAAGAACCAGAGCCGGAGCCGGAGCCGGAGCCGGAGCCUGAACCUCCAGCGGUCGAGGUUAUUGAGGUGCCGCCAAAGAAACUCUCCAAAGAAGAGAGAAAACUUCUUAAGAAGUCCAAACGGUCAAAGAUGGAGGAAGCCCCUCUGGUCAUUCCUGAACCCGAACCCGAGCCUAUCGAAGUACCUGAGGAAAGGUCACCUGCACCAGGAGCAUUCCCUGACGAUGAUGGAGACUUCAUGGAAUUUGUUGAUGCGCCGCCACCUCCAGAACCUGAGGAGCCGGAGCCCGAACCUGAGCCCGAACCUGAACCUGAACCUGUGCAUGUACCUCUUGUCCUGCAGGAGCUCAAGAAGCUUAAGAAGUCCAAGAAGGGUACCAAGUCAAGAGGGUGGUCCAUCGACGAAACUCCUCCACCUCCUCCACCGCCACCAGUUCUGGAGGAGCCAGAGCCAGAGCCAGAACCUGAGCCGAUUGUUGAAGAGGAACCUGAGCCUGAGCCUGAGCCUGAACCGGAACCUGAACCUGAACCUGUUGUUGUGGUCUCUGAAAGAAAACACAAAAAAUCCAAGAAGAGCAGCAGGAGCAAGGCACCACCACCUCCGCCAGAACCAGAACCAGAACCUGAGCCUGAACUGGAACCAGAGCCGGAACCAGAGCCGGAACCAGAGCCAGAACCAGAGCCAGAGCCAGAGCCAGAAGCUGAAAUUGAAGAAGUGCCCGAGGACCCAGAGAUAAUCGACCAUGAAGAUGCCGCUUCAGCAGAUGAAGAUGACGCGCCUGCCAAACUGCCCACUCCUCCUCCUGAACCAUUACCUGAACCCAAGGCAAAUUCUCCCAAGAAGGAGCGCAACAGAGUCCGUAGUGGAACUACCUCUGGGGGUUGGGGUGGUAUGUUCGGAGCUUCCAAGUCAAAGAACAAGACAAGAUCUGGUGCUGAGGAUGGUGUCACCAGGCCUGAAGCGACACGUACAAAAUCACACCGGCGAACAUCAGAAUCCAGAGACAACGAUAUCAAAUCACGGUCCUCUGGGUCUGACAAGGCGCAUGCAGCCAGACCAACAGUGUCACGUUCCAAGACUGCCCGGGUUUCUACAGGCCUCGGUGGCAUGUUUGGUGUUGGGCCGCCCCCACCAUCACGCUCCAAGUCACAUCGCACCUCAGGCCUGAAAACAUCGUCGCGCCGACCUUCUGUUGACCAGGACGCCGCUAUGAUGUCGCCACCACAAACCGAUACUGAUGCGAAGGUGUCUUCCAAGGCAGCUCGGCUUAUGGGCGAGCAGGGUUCGUCCCGCAGAGCCAGUAAUAGGGAUUCCAGAGACAAGGGCAGAAGUCGAGGUAAGCCGCUCCCCGCUAACCACAGUGCAUCUCUCAUUGGCUGGCCUGGUCAUACGCAAGCACACGAAGCUAAUUGCCUGCUUGCUGUUCUAGACCCAUAUCCUUUGGACGAUGAGAACGAAGUUGAUGAUGAAUCUCCUCCCCCGGCUUCCCGACCAGAGUAUCCACGUCGCAAAUCUAAGCGCGAUUCGGCACAACCACUCGAACCCAUGAGUGCAUCACCUAGCGCAGACGACCCUAUCGUUGUUGACCCAAUGGAGGCGGACCCUGUACCAGUCGAGGCUGAGCGGCCCCGUCGUGAACGGGACCGUGAGCGACCUCGUCGCGCGCGAGGCAACUCAGAUGCCAUCAACACACUUGCUGGUGUCGCGGGUACUGCUGCUGCUGUGAAAGGCUUCAAGGGUAUGUUUGGACUUGGGCGCAAGAAGGCAGCGGCGCCUGAAGAGGCACCUCGUGAACGCCGCCGCACCGCCUACGAGACCGAGGACGAGCGCAGGCAUCGCAAGCGAUCCACAACACGCGGCGCAGUGACAGAUGAUGAAGCCAAACGACUGCGACACGAGCGGCGCAGUUUGCGCAAUCCGCGCGCCCAGGAUCCUGAAGAAGUUAUGAUGUCUGGUGCUAAUGGCGGCGGCAACGGCAGCGCCGAUUAUGAUGCCGAACGAGAGGCAAGACGAGCUGAACGUAGGGCGAAACGCGAUGCAGAGAAAGAAGCUCGUCGUGCCGAACUUGAAGAAGCAGAGGCUAAGGCUGAGCGGCGCCGUGAGCGCGAGCGUGAAAACGAGCGUGCGACGCUUGCAGAGAAGAAGGCUCGGCAAAUGGCCGAGUUGGAACGUCGCAACAAAGAAGCAGAGGAACAACUGCGUCGCAUAGCGGAGAAGGAAGAACGGCGAAAGGCACGAGGCGACCGCAAGCCGACUGAUGAGCGGGAUCGCGAAAGGCGUUCAUCGCGUCGCAAAGACAAGGCCCGCGAAGAAGAGCGUCCAAAGUCCGAACGUCGGCGGACAUACAUUGACGAGGACGAAGAACGUCGCCGUCGUCACGAAGAACGCCGUGCUGCCAGGCGUCACUCCGAAUACCCAGUACAAGCUAGUGGGGAGCCCAUCACCGACUACUUUGACGAGCGCAACGGCGUCGCCAACCGAACCAAGCACCGCAGUUCUCGUCAGGCACGGGAAGAAGAAAACAUGCCGUACAUGAACAACAAGAGCGGCGACAAAACAUCGUCAUGGGUCGAUUCUCUAUCCAACGAGCCACCGCUACCUCCCCCCAUCUCCGAGACCGUACUCGACCCCGCGCCCGGCGCCAACAACGAUGACGACGACGAAGAAACCCAAUCCCAAGACGAAGACAUCCGCCUGCGCAUCGCGGGCCGCCGCGGACCCAAGCGCGACAAGGAGCGUGCCGAGCGUCGCAAAGCCGAAGAAAAAGAGCGCGAGCGCGAGCGCACAUAUAAGCACAGCCGUCGCGCCAGCAACUACGAGACUAUGAAGCCCAUGGAUGACGAACGCGAUCGCAAGAGGAACGCUAGACGCACGAGCUAUGCGCCUGCAUACGAAGAGCCGCCCGUUAGGACGUGGGAUGGUAGACCCGCGGUAGAGGGUGGGGCACCAGCGCCGGCUGUCAAGAGGGGAAGCUGGUUCAAGAAGAUUGCUGGUUUCUAA